GGUGUCUGCCCAUUCCGAGGUGUGGAGCGCACAUGGAGCUGCGCAGCGGCAGUUCCGAAGCAUGAAGUCUGGUGGUGCUCGCCGAUCAAGCGUUUGCUCGCACGAUGAAGGGGACCCUGUGGCCAAGCCCAGAAGCAGGCCCCCGCGGCAUAAAUGCACGUCGACGCCAUGAGGGCUGCUGCAGCGGGACGCGUGCUGGCGGUGAUCUGGGCCGAGAUGCUGUGUUCAUGGACGCCGCUUAGGCCACAUUUCAGGUAGUGUGGUUCGUGGCGUGCACGGAGCAUCUCAGAAGACAGACUCUCUAUGCCCUGCCCUGGGCACAGAUGGGCACUGAGAUCGACGGGCCGACCCCGUGUUUCACAGUGACGGUGCGGCAGGCAUAGCCAUGGUCAGCCAUGGACGCCGGGCAGCAGGCUUGUCCCCACGUGCGCAGUGAGUUUGCUUCGCAGAAAACCGCUUUUAAAGCAGAAGAGGAGGACGAUGCCGGAGUCCCCGUGCCCAGCCCGCGGAGGAUGGAUCUGAGAGGGGAGCUGGGAGCCCCUCCGUGCUCACACGUGGCCACCGAGCGCCUGGAGGGCAGGGGGGUGGACUGUGCCAGUGCCCUCCCCGGGAAGUACCUGCCUGGGGACGUGGAGGACGACUACGGGUCCCUGUUCUCACAGUACAGCAGCACGCUGUACGACGUGGCCAUGGAGGCCGUGACGCAGAGCCUGCUGUCCAGCAGACAGCUGAGCUCCCGGAAGAAGUCGCCGGCCUGGAAGCACUUCUUCAUCUCGCCGCGCGACAGCACCAAGGCCGUCUGCGUGUACUGCGUGAAGGAGUUCAGCCGCGGCAAGAACGAGAAGGACCUGAGCACCAGCUGCCUCAUGAGGCACGUGCGCAGGGCGCACCCCACCGCGCUGCUGCCCGAGGGGCCCGGCGAGGCCUGCGACCCGGGUGGUGCCACGCCGUCACCCAUCAAGCACCUCACGGAGGCCCCAUCGCCUGACCGCACCACGGAGGAGGCCUCCUUGGACCCGUCCGGCUCUGAGAAGUACGGCCGGGAGGACGCCACACUGGGCUCAGCCGUGCACCUGCACCUGCCCCUGCCCCUGCCCGGCCUGCACUUGGACGAGGCUGCGGAAGGCGGCCCCGAGCGAAGCCUUGCGGCGCCCAGGAGCACGGCGGCAGGCUCGCGGCGGCGGUCAGCCGUGUGGAAGCACUUCUACCUGUCGCCCCUGGACAGCUCCAAAGCCGUGUGCAUCCACUGCAUGAACGAGUUCAGCCGCGGCAAGAACGGCAAGGACCUAGGCACCAGCUGCCUCAUCAGGCACAUGUGGCGCGCCCACCGCGCCAUCGUCCUGCGGGAGAACGGCGGCGGCCCGGGCAUCCCGCCGCCCUACUCCACGCCCCCCACUCUGCUGCCCUCCCUGCUGCCUUCUGAUGGGGACUUCCACCCCGGUGCCUCGCCUCUGGGCAAGCCUGCCUCAGCGUCGUCCUCCCCUGACCGGCUGCCAGAAGACGCCCAGCCGCACUUCCACCCCGGAGACGCGCUCGCGGCGGCGGUGGCGGUACUGUCGUCGUCCGAGGAUGUUGGCAACAGCUCAGCAUUGUCGUCUCCCGAGAAGCCGGGCGACGGGCUGAGCCAGCGGGCCUCUGGGCCCGGCGCUGUGUUCCAGCAGAACAAGAAGGUCAUGAAGAGGCUCAAGUCCGAGGUCUGGCACCACUUCUCGCUGGCACCCACGGACAGCCUGAAGGCUGUGUGCCGGCACUGCAGCUGUGUCAUCAGCCGGGGCAAGAAGGGCGAUGUGGGCACCAGCUGUUUGAUGAGGCAUCUCUACCGGCGCCACCCCGAAGUCAUCGGGAGCCACCGGGGCUUCCUUGGGGCCAGCCUGGCCAACUCCCCUUAUGCCACGCUGGCCUCAGCCGAAGGCCCCUCCUGCAAACUGCCUGGCAUGGCAGCAGUGGUUUCGAAAGAUCACCAGGUCGCCUUUCCCGUCAGCAGCAAGAAGACCUCGAAACUCUGGAACCACUUCUCCAUCUGCUCGGCGGACUCCACGAAAGUCGUGUGCCUGCACUGCGGACGCACCAUCAGCCGGGGAAAGAAGCCAACCAACUUGGGGACCAGCUGCCUUUUGAGACAUCUCCAGAGGUUCCACAGCAGUGUGCUGCGGAACGCCGCCGCCGAGGCCACCUCGCCUGCGCCUGCCGGAGCACGCCCACCCCUGAGCACGGAGCCGCAGGGGGCGCCGGCCCCAGAGGAGCCCUGUGAAAAGUUCUGUGACUCUCACCCAGUUGCCAGAAAGAUAACAGGCCUCAUAGCGGAGAUGAUGGCCCUGGACCUCCAGCCGUACUCUGUGGUCGACAGUGUGGGCUUCACCAGGCUCCUGGGAUACUUGAAGCCUCAGUACUCCCUCCCCUCGCCCUCCUACUUCUCCAGGUCCGCCAUCCCCGGGAUGUACGACAGCGUGAAGCAGGUCAUCCUGUCCCACCUGAAGGACGCGGAGAGCGGCGUGGUCCACUUCACCUCGGGGAUCUGGAUGAGCAACCAGACCCGGGAGUACCUCACCCUGACGGCCCACUGGGUCACCUUCACCCCCUCGGCCCGCCCGCACCCACAGGACCACCACUGCUCAGCUCUCCUGGACGUGUCCCAGAUCGACUGCGACUACGGCGGCAACAGCAUCCGGAAGCAGCUGGAGUACUGGUGGGAAGCCUGGGUGACAUCCAUGGGCCUCCAGGUGGGCAUCACGGUGACCGACAACGCCAGCAUCGGGAAGACGCUGAGCGACGGGGAGCACCCGAGCGUGCAGUGCUUCAGCCACAUAGUGAGCCUCAUCGUGAACGAGGCCAUCAAAAGCCAGCGGAUGGUCCAGAACCUACUGAGCAUCGCACGGAAGCUCUGUGAGCGGGUCCACCGGUCCCCAAAGGCAAAGGAGAAGCUGGCAGAGCUGCAGCGGGAGUACGGCCUGCCCCAGCACCACCUGAUCCAGGACGUCCCGUCCAAGUGGAGCACCUCGCUGCUCAUGCUCGACAGACUCAUCGAGCAGAAGAGGGCCGUCAACAAGGUGUCCGUCGAGUGUAACUUCAGGGAGCUGCUCAGCUGUGACCAGUGGGAGGUCAUGCAGUCCGUGUGCCACGCGCUGAAGCCCUUCGACGCCGCGAGCCGGGAGAUGAGCACGCACGUGUCGGCGCUCAGCCAGGUGAUCCCCAUGAUCCACAUCCUCAACCGGAAGGUGGAGAUGCUUUUCGAGGAGACCAUGGGCAUCGACACCAUGCUCAAGUCUCUGAAGGAGGCCAUGGUGAGCCGCCUGUCCUCCACCCUCCACGAUCCCAGGUACAUUCUUGCUACGCUUCUGGACCCUCGCUACAAGGCCUCCUUAUUUACAGAGGAGGAGGCCGAGCAGUACAAGCAGGACUUAAUCAGGGAGCUGGAAAUACUGAAUUCUACCUCAGAUGAGAAACCUGUUUCCAAUGGGUGUGAUGCAGGUUCCCCAUCCAAAGACUCUGCUGGAGAGGACAGCCUGUGGUCCCUCAUGGCCACGGUGACGAGACGAGAUCUGCGAGACACGACGAAGCUACCUGAAGACAUGGUGCUGGCCUACCUGGAGGAAGAGGUGCUCGAACACAGCUGUGAUCCAUUAGCCUACUGGAACCUAAAGAGGUCCUCCUGGCCGGCCCUGUCGGCAUUGGCUGUCAGGUUCCUGGGCUGCCCGCCAAGCAUCGUCCCCUCAGAGAAGCUGUUCAGCACGCCCACUGAAAGCAGUAGCUUUAGCCAGUCCCGGCUCAUGACGGAACACUUUGAAAAACUAAUCUUUUUGAAAGUGAAUCUCCCCUUAGUAUACUUUCAGUAUUGAAACUGGAUGGAGCCACCGGGCUCUUGGCAAAAUGUCCUUGCUUUGUAGGCAUUAGCUGUGUCUGCCACUGCCACACAGCGGGGCCAUGGAUGGCAUCAGGGCAGGGACUUGCAGGUCCCCGUUGGCGUGUUGCUGCCCAGCUUCCCACGUCAUGUCUGCAGGUGCCUUACUACUCCUCGUUCUUCAGGCCAGAUGCUGUAGAUAGGGUUGUUUUCUUAAAGAACUUCUCUAGACAUAGCUUGUCUCAUCAGUUACUAUCAUUAGGUUUUAAUCCAUAACUGUAAAUUUUAUUUUAUUUUUCAAGUUGGGGGUUAGGAACUUGUUUGAAUAGAAUGGCAGAAGAGAUGUAAGCAGUUCUGUUCUGUAGACCUUUUAUUCAAGUGUGUAAAAAAACCACAAAUCAGGUACUGUAUUUAGUUAAGCCUUGCUUUAAUUUUAGGACAGCCCUGCGGCUGCCAAAAGAAAUGCGUAUGUGAGAGGCGGAGUUCAAGCCAUCCUCAGGCAGUUGACACUGCUGGCUCUAAAGUCCUCCUUCAGACUCCCGAAGAGCCCUUGUUUACUACUACAGAGACAGAGCAUCCGAGAGCAGACCUCGGAGCACGGCGUUGUGCUGGGCGACUUGUGAUCCACAGGAACUUGGUCAAGAAACCGGCCCGUUUACGUGUUUUGUGCUCAGGUUUCCCACCGCCAGUCAGAGUCGGCGCUAUCCCAGCGAUGUAUGAUGAAUCCCUUUGCAAUGACACGUAGGACGGAGUCGGGCACGUAGCACGAAGAGCUCACAGCAGACGUCCCGUGUUCAGUGUCUCCGAGCCUCUGGUUUCGUCUGUAUGACGAAGCUGCCUGUUAGAAACUGUGCGCCGAUCCCCAGUUUGAUCAAAUCACGUGUGGAAUUCUUUGUAGAGAGCAGCUCUACUCACAGGGAAGGAGACUGUCGUGGUACAGUUUUUAAGGGUAGACUUAGGUGGUUAGGGUUUUCUUCUGUCCUAGGGAAGAUUCAGCCAUUGUUGGGGUGUUUUAGACCCCCAAGGACAUCGUAAUGAAGUUUCCAGUCACCCGAUUUUUUUAGCCAUUUGUCAUCAGUGUUUCGUUUUCUCCCUUCAAACUAAUUAAGCACCCUGGGUGGAACAAGUCACCUGUGAUCUUUUAGAAAAACUGUCGUUUUGUUGAAAUACUGUACCUAUGUUUAAUCUAAAUUUGCAUUGACUAUGUUUUAGUGUAUUUAUAAAUGAACUCAAUUUCUAAAAUUAAAUUUUUUAUUUGAAACUUC